GGAGUGAUCGGGAGGAGACAGGACAGGAACUGUAGUCAAACAGAGAUUAGAAGCGGAGAGAGUUACCGCCCUUCACCAGCCUGCAAUGACGCUAAACUCCGUUAGCAAGCUUCUGAAUGGAGAUACCUGCCACCGAACGAGUCAAACCAAGAAACCCGGCGCAAACGGGUACGUGAAGAGCCACUGCGUCUUCCAAAAGCAGCAAAAUAGAUCCCGCCGCUCGACAGAAAAGAACCAUCAUGUUUCAGCACUUUACAACAAGCCCUUUGAGCAGUCAUUUGAGGAGACGCCAUUGCUGGUGGCCGUCCUCACCUACAUGGGUUAUGGCAUCCUCACCAUUUUUGGCUACCUGCGAGACUUCCUGAGGGAAUGGAAGUUUGAGAAGUGUCAUCUGGCCCGAGAGCGAGAAGAACAGAAGGAUUUUGUUCCACUGUACCAGGACUUUGAGGACUUCUACACUAGGAACCUGUACAUGAGGAUCAGAGAUAACUGGAACAGACCCAUCUGCAGCGUUCCUGGAGCAAAGAUGGACAUUGUGGAGCGGACCACGCCUGAUUACAACUGGACCUUUGAACACACGGGACGGGUCAUAAAGGAUGUGAUUAAUAUGGGCUCAUAUAACUACCUUGGCUUUGCGGAGAGUUCUGGUGCGUGUGCUGAUGCUGCGUCAGAUUGCUGUGUGAAAUACGGUGUUGGGGUUAGCAGUACAAGGCAGGAAAUAGGAAAUUUGGACAAACACGAGGAGCUGGAAAAGCUGGCAGCCAGGUUUUUGGGAGUAGAGUCAUCCAUGGUGUUUGGAAUGGGCUUUGCUACAAACUCCAUGAAUAUUCCUGCACUCGCGGGCAGAGGCUGUCUGAUCUUAAGUGAUGAGCUCAAUCAUGCUUCUUUGGUUCUGGGUGCCCGUCUAUCCGGUUCCACCAUCCGUGUGUUUAAACACAACAAUAUGCAGAGUCUGGAGAAGUUGCUUCGGGAUGCCAUCGUGCACGGCCAGCCUAGAACCCAUCGACCCUGGAAGAAGAUCCUCAUCAUCGUGGAGGGAAUUUACAGUAUGGAGGGCUCAAUAGUGCGGCUUCCAGAGAUCAUCGCCCUUAAAAAGAAAUACAAAGCCUACCUGUACCUCGAUGAAGCUCACAGUAUUGGGGCACUAGGACCAAGAGGUAGAGGUGUGGUGGACUACUUUGGCCUUAAUCCGACUGACGUUGACAUUAUGAUGGGCACUUUUACCAAGAGCUUUGGUGCUGCUGGAGGAUACAUCGGAGGAAAGAAGGAGCUGAUAGAUUAUCUUCGCUCACAUUCUCACAGUGCAGUUUACGCUACCUCAAUGUCCUCACCCGUCACCCAGCAGAUUAUCACUUCUAUGAAGUGCAUUAUGGGAGAGGACGGCACCACAUUAGGUCAGGAAAGACUCAAUCAGCUGUCAGAAAACACAACCUACUUUCGCAGAAAACUCAAUGAGAUGGGCUUCAUCAUCUAUGGAAACAAUGACUCGCCUGUUGUACCCUUGAUGCUUUACAUGCCAGCUAAAAUCGGAGCGUUUGGUCGGGAGAUGCUCAAGAGGAACAUUGGGACGGUGGUGGUUGGGUUUCCCGCCACACCCAUCAUCGAGUCCCGGGCACGAUUCUGCGUUUCUGCUGCUCACACCAGAGAAAUGCUCGACACCGCUUUAAAAGCCAUCAGUGAAGUUGGCGACGUACUUCAUCUGAAAUACUCCCGAUACAACAGACCCCAGAGCGAAGACACAGACUGUUUUUCAUACCUGGAGAGCCACCACGACCACCAGUAGCACUUUCCAGUUCUCAUGAUCACAUGAUUGCUUUCCUUCACUGCGUUUGUCUUGUGUGUGUGUUUAACUUAUUUGUACUUUUCACAGCCAUUCAUUUCAGUGGGCUUAAACUUAUUGAAGCCCACCGAUUGACCAAAUUUCAAGCCUUACCUCAGUGGUCAGUAACCAUAUUUAUAUCAAUGUGCAAUAUCUUUAGCUGUUGACACUUCAAAUCAGAUAUAAUUUUACAUAAGAAAUCUACUUAUGUGUAGAGUUAAGUAUUUAAAUCCAUUAAAAGUAAUACAAGUAAUUGUAUUUGUAGAGAAUUAUUUGUUAAUAUGUAUUUCAGUGCAGAGUAUUUGAAGGGAGUUGUGUGUACGUUUCUGUACACAUGUUAUUUUUUUCUACUAUAUAUGAUGCACCGAUAGAAAAACUUAAAAACUACAUUUAAGGUAAAAGCAUGCGACUGCUCACAUACUCUGUGCAGUGUCUCUGCAUUUCACCUACUACAUAUUAGCCUUGCUUAGGUCCACAAAUCUUCAUAUUAAAUCUUUAAAGUUUAAAAAUGCUAAUUUCACUGUGUAUAUAGAUUAGAAGUAAUGCACUAUUGAUAAUAUUGAAAAACUGAUCAUCUGUCUUUUGUUUCAUAAUGGCUUUCUGUGAUGAAAAUUUUAUUUUCAAUUACCAAUUUUUUAUUUGAUUCGCGGCACUUUCCAUAAAUAGGACACAUGAGAUUGGGUUCAUGUUUUAAACUAUAUUUAAGAAGCAUUUAAGUUACAAAUGUCAUAUAUGGGGUAGUUGAGUACAUUAUAUAAAUACAAUCUUAAAUUCAUUGUUAUUGUUUUUGACACAAUCCGUACGGAUUUUAUGAGGUGGCUUAUUCAUAACAAUUCAGACGACCACACUCGGACGUGUUUGUACGAUUUGCUUUCGCCCCUUGACAUUGAGGUUAGGAGUGGGGAUUCUUUAUUGUUUUUUAUGAUAAGUGUACAUUUUUGUAUGAUUCACUGCGUACGAAUUCAUAAGAAUUUUCCUACCCUUAAAAUGUUCAUGACCUUAUUACUGCAAGAUUUACCCCAUUACCAUAAGAUUUUCUUAAAAUUGCAUCUUAAAAUUUUAAUAACAAAGAAAUAAAAUAAUUUGGAUAACAUUAUGAUAAUGAUAAUGUUUUUACGCAAAUAUUUGUGCUAACAUGACACAAAAAUAUUAAUUUAUCAGUUGAUUUGUUUUAUUAUUAUAUACAUUUGUAUUGAUUUUGCACAAAGUAGGGUCCAAUAAAAUUUUCUAACCCACCCACUCCCUGUUCGGGUGUUCCCCCAAGGUCCAUGCCAUUAAUCUUUAUCACAAAAUCGCAUGUAAAACUAAAUAUAACAUACAUAUACAUCCACAUAACAAACAAAAAAAACAUACAUAUUGAAUUUGUUUUUUCAAAAAUUUUAAAUUGGAAAAACUUUGUCCACAAACUUGCUAUCCCUGACUCAGUGACAGUUUCAAUAGGGCAAAAUCCCUGUUACUGGCCAACCUGUUACCCGUUUCAUCAACAAACAAAAAAAAAGGGUCUAAUGUGUAUUCUGUUUGUGGAAGUGCCUUAUGUCUUACUUGAACACCUGUUAUUUAGUGUUGAUUCGCAUAUCUGACAAUUACUUAGCCAUGACAUAACAUCUCACUUCCAUCUUUCUGUCAGAUGUGUACAGACAGCGGAGGAGAGAUGUUGCCUUUUAUUAUAUAGCUGCUUUUUUCUGUUUUAAUGAGAUAUAUUAAUGUAAUCUGUGUUUAAAAUGUUUUGUUCUUUGUAGCUCUAAUGAAAGUGCUAAUACGGGUCACUGAUAUCAGAUGAAGUGCUCUUUUAUGUCUGUAUAUAUGAUGAUGUGGCUUUUGCCUGUCGGAUUUAUGGUUUUGUUUUUUUUCAGUGUUUUAUUUUCCUUUUGUUUUCUGAAGUCUUGGUCUUAAUCGGAAGGCAGCUCUGAAUAUGUCUCUUAGUACACAUGUAAGACUAUUUAAGCUACUGAUGACUGUUAAGAGAAGCAGAUAUGACGUUGGCGCAGACUGUAAGCAUUAGCCUAUGGACUCGAGUAUAUUGCCACAGACCUGCAUUUGACAUUGAAUCCAAAGGACAUUCCACACUGUUCAUUUGUUUUUUUAUGAAUUGCAACUUUCAGCAAAUAAACAUGUUUUCGCAA